UUUUUUUUUGGGUGUUUAUGGCACCGGUAUAUAAUUUAAGAUACUCUUAAAAAUGAAGUUUUUUUUUUCUUUUCUUUUCCCUGAUCGUUUGGCAAAGGAAAAAUGGGGUCUUACCAGAGUGCGUGAGUAUAUGUUGUGGUUAAGUAUGUUUAACUCUUUUGGUUGCUAUAAUUUGAUUUGUUGUGUAUCGAGCUAUUGAGACAGUCUUCCACAUGUAGUUUAGUUUGGUUUUAGAGUCUCAUUUGUUGUACUUGUUUUAAAAUUUGGAUAAAAAGUUUAAUUCUAGGGAAAAUAGGAAAAGGUGGGUCAAAACUCAAAAUGGUGUAUUUCCUUUCCAGCUUUCAUUCUGCUACUUCUGUUUUGUGACACUAGAAAAAAAAUACAUAUUUUUCUCUUUUCAUGUGCGUUUUUGAUAGUCUUGGGUUUUGGUAGGUUGAGGAGAAGUAGAGCAUAGAUUGACAUAAAGAUUAUCUAAACGAAUGCUAACCCACUGUGUCAAAUCCCUUCGGCACUUAAAAGUCUUAAGGAAGUCCUCAGAAACUCCAUGGAACUUUCUGCUUCAUUCUUCUUAUGCAGAUACACCCAUCAAGAAGUCAAAACUUGCUCCUCUGCAGGUUGAUACUCUCCCUUUUUAAGGAGAGGAGGAUGAUAGACAGGUUUAACUUGUAUGCUAAAGGAGGUGAAGGUGGCAAUGGUUGCUCUAGUUUUCGCCGUAGCCGACAUGAGUCUCGUGGCAAACCUGAUGGUGGGAAUGGUGGAAGAGGUGGUGAUGUGAUAUUAGAAUGUUCCCCUGCAGUUUGGGACUUUAGCGGUUUGCAACAUCACGUUAAUGCGAAUAGAGGAGGCCAUGGAUCCUCCAAGAAUAAGAUUGGAACCAGAGGAGCUGAUAAGGUUGUCCGAGUACCUGUUGGCACUGUAAUUCAUCUUGUACAGGGUGAAAUUCCUUAUGCAGUUGAAAAAGAAUCUUCAAGAGAUUUGGAUCCUUGGGAGAUUCCUGGCACACUUUCUAAAGAUGUAUCUGAAUCUGAACAGAGUAUUGCCCUUAGUGGCUCAAAUUUGGCAGAGAAUACUAGUUGUUCAUUUCAUAAUGAAAGAAGCAUCAAGGAAUUGCCAAAAGUGGAGCAGAUCACUCAUGUUGUAUCACCUAAAUUGAAUUCUGUUUCUGCUUCAGAAUCUUGCUCAGAAGAAGAGGAUGAGGAAGAACAAGAAAUAAAAUGGAAUGUCGCAGAACUAACAGAACAAGGUCAAAGAGUAAUUGUUGCAAGUGGAGGAGAGGGCGGUUUGGGUAAUGUGUCCACAUUCAAAGUUUCAAAGAAGCCAAAAACUAAAGAUCCUGUGAUCCAUGGGGAUAAUGUCCCUGAACUUGAAGUCUCUGAUGAGAGUCAGCCUCUCAACAUUGGCACGCCUGGUUCAGAGGCAGUUCUUGUAUUAGAACUCAAAAGCAUUGCUGAUGUGAGCCUUGUUGGGAUGCCAAAUGCUGGUAAAAGCACACUACUAGGUGCUAUAUCAAGGGCAAAGCCUUCUGUAGGGCACUAUGCUUUCACUACUCUGAGACCAAAUUUGGGGAAUCUGAAUUAUGAUGACAUAUCAAUCAAAGUAGCUGAUAUUCCAGGACUCAUUAAGGGUGCUCAUGAAAACCGGGGACUGGGACAUGCAUUCCUUCGCCACAUAGAACGCACCAGGGUCAUAGCUUAUGUGGUGGACUUGGCCUCUGGAUUGGAUGGGAGAAAGGGAAUUCCCCCAUGGGAACAACUGAGAGACCUAGUUUUAGAGCUUGAGCACCAUCAAGAAGGCUUAUCUGAUCGACCGUGUUUGAUAGUGGCAAACAAAAUUGAUGAAGAAGGGACAAAUGGAGUAUUAGAAGAACUGAAAAGAAGGGUGCAAGGUGCUCCUAUCUAUCCUGUUUGUGCGGUUUUGGAGGAGGGAAUCCCAGAACUAAAAGUAGGUCUUAAGCAGCUUGUGGAUGGUCAUAUGUCAUGCAAACUCAGAAUAGAUAAUAUCAUAGCUGACUAGCUUUUCUAGGAUAUGUCCUUAUUGCCAUUUGGAAGGUAUAGUUUCUCAAAAUCAACAUAACUGAUUUCUAAAUGGUACUUGUCAGCUGUGUUUUUCUUCUCUUUCGCGUCAUAUUUGACCGAUUUACGCUAUCUGAUUCUUAAUUGCUUGGGAAACUGUCCAAGUCUUAAGUGGAUUAUCAUUCUUCGUUAGAGUA